GGCGGGGCGGAGCGGAGGGGGAUGCUGCAGCCGGGCCAGGCCCGGCCGGGGCCUGGGAACCGCGGGUUUGAUGAGGGGGAUGGAGAAUUGAGGCAAUGUGGGAGCCUAGGAAGAACUUCUGGUGCAAAUAGAUUUGUUCUAGAAAUAGAUUUCCAGCCUGGAGCAAAUGCAAAUAUAAACAUUUAUCUUUUUUUUUUUUUUAAAUGAAGAACUAGAAACCAGUCUUGAAAAUGGAGAUGUAUGAAACCCUUGGAAAAGUGGGAGAGGGAAGUUAUGGAACGGUCAUGAAGUGUAAACAUAAGGAUACUGGGCAGAUAGUAGCCAUUAAGAUAUUUUAUGAAAAACCGGAAAAAUCUGUCAACAAAAUUGCAAUGAGAGAAAUAAAGUUUCUAAAGCAAUUUCGCCAUGAAAAUCUGGUCAAUCUAAUUGAAGUAUUCAGACAAAAAAAGAAAAUUCAUUUGGUAUUUGAAUUUAUUGAUCACACAGUUUUAGAUGAGUUACAGCAUUGCUGUCAUGGACUUGAAAGUAAACGACUAAGAAAAUAUCUUUUCCAAAUCCUUCGAGCCAUUGAAUAUCUUCACAACAAUAAUAUUAUUCAUCGGGAUAUAAAACCUGAGAAUAUUUUAGUAUCUCAGUCUGGAAUUACUAAACUCUGUGAUUUUGGUUUUGCUCGGACAUUAGCAGCCCCUGGAGACAUUUAUACAGACUAUGUGGCUACCCGCUGGUAUAGAGCACCUGAAUUAGUAUUAAAAGAUACUACUUACGGAAAACCUGUGGAUAUUUGGGCUUUAGGUUGCAUGAUCGUUGAGAUGGCCACAGGGAACCCAUAUCUUCCUAGUAGUUCUGACUUGGAUUUGCUCCACAAAAUUGUGAUAAAAGUAGGUAAUUUGACACCUCACUUGCAGAGUGUUUUUUCCAGGAGUCCUAUUUUUGUUGGGGUAGUUCUUCCUCAAGUUCAGCACCCUAAAAAUGCAAGAAAAAAAUAUCCGAAGCUAAAUGGAUUACUGGCAGACAUAGUCCAUGCUUGUUUACAAAUUGAUCCUGCUGAAAGAGUGUCAUCCACAGAUCUUCUGAAUCAUGACUAUUUUACUAGAGAUGGGUUUAUUGAAAGAUUCAUACCAGAAUUGAGGGCUAAGUUACUGCAAGAAGCAAAAGUCAAUUCAUUCAUAAAGCCCAAAGAGAAUUCUAAAGAAACUGAAUUCACUAAAGAAGACAGGAAAAUAACCCAUGGAAAUACAUUGCCAAGUAGUUCAACUAUAGGAAAGGAUGGGGACAAGGACAAAAAGGCCAAGGAUAUAAAAGUCCGAAUUUUUAAAGUAAAAGGAGGGAAAGGAGACGUCUCUGAAAGUGAAUAUUACCAACGGGACAGUUCAGAAAAUUUUCAUACUCUUUCUCAAGAUAAUAAACCUGUAACAUCCGAAUCACCUAUCCCUGCAAAUCUCAACAAUGAUUCUAACAACAUGAAGGAAGAUGUCUAUGCGGGCGGGUGUAUGACUAUGCCACCCAUUAAUCCUAAUAGCAGUAAUUUGACUGCUGCAAAUCCUAACUCACAUUUCACCCACAUAAUUACAAGUAAUAAGCCAUCUGAAAAAGCUAAAAAGAGAAGGACUUCCUCACAGUCUCUUACACAGUCCAUACCCAACAAGCAAGAGGAUGCAGGCUCUGUUCAGAAUCAAACAGAGAAGAGCACACUUUAUGAGCGAACAGCUCAAAAUGACCAAAUAACAAAUGGGAACAAAAGGAAACUGAAUCUUUUAAGGAAUGAUAAGAAAGAGAUACAUUUCCCAGAGCUGCCUUUCACAAUACAAUCAAAAGAGAUGAAAGGAAUGGAAGUUAAACAGAUAAAGAUGCUGAAGAGGGAACCAAAGAAAACUGACACAUCUAAAAUACCAUCUUUACUUAAUGUGGAUCAAAAUCAGGAAAAACCAGAGUUUUCAAAAGAUGUGCCUAUUCAUUUUCGAAGAGGACUAUGACAACCCAGAUGACGGCUUGUGUGUGAACUGUAUUUAAUGCAGCAGAGUUGCUCAUGGUCAUCAGCUUUACUCCCUCUGAAUCAUCAAAGUCCAAUGGCAGGACAAGAAUCAAGAAGAUUGGUAAUAGUGCAGUGAAUGAGCUUGGUGUCAUUGAUGCCUGAACAAGCUCUAAAUGCUCCACAGUGCCAACUUCAGCAAUCUUUGGAACAGAUUGUCCUCAUUCACCUGCAGGAAUAGUUGCCAGGCUGCAUUUCUACAAUGGUUGCUCUUGGGGAUGGUGGCCAUGGAUACUAAACUGGAAGCAUUGCUAUUUCGAAAAAUCUGGGUUCACGGUCCUGGGACAUCUCAAGGUCUGAGAAGCAAUGGUGAAGUAGGUGAUGGUGGUGAUGGUUGUGGUUUGACAUGCCUGCUUUAUGCUGCAAUCCUUCUCUCCUUCAGAGUACUUUGAAGGUUUAGCAAAACUGGCCUGUCUGCCCUGUGCAUGGUAGUUGCUUGGGAAGAUAGUGGGAAUAGCUAACCCAUUCACUGGAGCCAUAUUCCACAGUAAUCACCAAGCAGACUGGUGUUCUGAAACCUGCUACCACUCCCAAACAGUAUUGCUUUUUGUAGUAUUUUGCCUGUAUUCCAAUUGAUGGCAGUUGGUCAGGAACUGAUAAUGAGGAAGAUAUGCCUCUUCUCCACAAUGAUUCUUCCCUUCCGUGGUGGCUAUAGAGGCUAGACUAGGAGCAAGUAUGAUAGUUUAGGGGACACUGCUAUUCCCAAGGUCUCAGAUUUAGGAUUCUGAAUUAUCUCCCAACAGGAUCCAUCUUGAAUUUUGAGAAUCUUUGAGACAUUCUGAAAGGAAUAUUUGACAGACAUUUAAAAAUUUGGUACUUGAGCUUUAGGGAGAAGUUGAAAAUGGAGAUAUAGGUUUGAGAAUAAUAUGCAAUGUGCAAUUUAAGCCAUGGGAGCAAGAUCACUAAAUGAGAAAGUGCUGAUAGAAAAGUAGGCCAAGAACCAGAAUUUGUAAUACAUAUAUUUAAUGGAUGAGAGGAACAUAAAGCCAGGAAAGGAAUUGUCAAAAUGACCUUCCCUCUUAUAUUUGACAUAGGGCCUGGUUUUAUAAUCCUGAUUCACUUAUGUAUCAUAUAUUUGUUCUGGUUAUUUAACAUAUAUUGAGUAAGGGAUUGUGUCAUAUCUGAAAUUUUUAUUUCUUCUAACAACUAGGUCAUUGCUCUCUCCACAGAAGAGAGACUUAUGUUUAUUGAAUGAAAGAAUUAUAUUGUAUCAUAGAAGUCAAAAGAGGAGAGAUUAUCAAAAUAGCAAGAUGGUCAACAGUGUCAAAUACUAUAGAGUGUUUUAUCAAGACAGAAAGGCUUGCCUAAACUGACUCCAAAAAGGACAGUCUUUAGGGUUGUGUAUGCCUUCAUAUAUCAGAUGUUCUUUAUAGCAUUUCCCAUUAAAUCUAACAUGUCUUUCCUCAAGUACCAAUAUGAUUCACAAAGAAUCUCCUAAUUGGAACUCAAGCAAAGAAAUCCAAUUAAUUAGCUUCAGCCUCCUCCAGAGAAAGAAGGCAAGGAAACCUUUUUUUCCCCCCUUUCUGAGAGGAAAUCACUUCCCUCUCUUCUCAAC